GUCAGAAUGAUGUCGGUUAGUUGUUUUGAUUGAACCGCGAUCAGUUCGGUUAAAAAUAGUGGAACAGAAAAUCGUAAAUUUUCGUAAAAUAAAUCCAUCAAAAUGUCUCUAACCGAUGAAAUUGUGCGCUUCAAGCUGUGGGCUACUAAAAUGGGAUGUCCACUGGAAAAGAUUCCUUCCGACGAUUCGUUAAAAAAAUGCAUUCGCGGCAAGCAGAGUAUCCUUUUCCAGCAGAUCGUGUCCGGAAUACUUCCGAAGCAGGAGAUAGCCACAAUGCGAAACAACGUCCUGGCAGCCAAACUCAAGCAAUAUCAAGCCCUAGGCGGCGUGAUUGCGAAAUCGAAAAUGUUCCAAAUGCCCGAUGAGCUACAACGAUAUGAGAAAGUGGAGAGGUUGAAAGACAAAUGUGCAGAAACAAGAACCAGGAUUCUGAGAUCGAAGGCAACGAUGGAAGCGCUAACGGAUAAAAUCAAUGAAAAAAAUAUCCAGAAGGUUCAAACCAACACGAAGCUGGGUGAAACUACAGAUAAGCUUGCUUUAUACAAAGCAAUGGAUAAUUCUCUGCUAAAGGAAUCCGAGAAAGAAAUUGAAAUCAAACAUUUAAUUGAACGAUCAAUGCCGGUUAGAGCAUCGGAGUCGCCCAAAAUCAAAUCUGACGCCGAGGAAGCUGUUCAAACAUGCUUGAAAUAUUUGGAGGAUUUUUACUCAAAGUUUUCUGAGCUAAAACAGGAAGGCAGCAAACAAGCACAGCAGAAGCUUUGGUCUAACAUUAGAUCAGCACUGAAAGGCAUUCCCAAUCAUCUUCUGUGGAGCGUCGUAAUGGAAAUGAAAGAAAGACAACUUGCGGAAAUAUCACAGGCCGAUUCGCAGCAAAAUGAUCACGAGAAGGAUAACGCUUUAUCCGCACAGGAUGUGCUGCAGAUCAACAUGGCUAAACUUUGCGGCUCUCACGUCAAUUUGUUCAUUGACGUGGUUGCAAUGAAAAGAGCAAUUCAAAUGAUGAAGGAUGACUACCUGGCAAAGUAUACUCCAUUCGCGCAAAUGUUGGAAACUAAAAUGAAUCUAUUGAAUAUGAUGGAUGACGAAGCUGAAGAAAUACUGGAAGAUUACAUGUUUCAGUCUACAUCCAAGGAUUACAAUCAGGGACAGCUUGAUUUCCUAAGCAAAGAAAUCGAGCGUAAGAAACAAGAAAUCAAAAUUCAAUCUUCCAAACUGGAAAAUCAUGAACAACUUCUGGCUCAGCUAAGAGAUAUUUAUGGAGAAAUUGAUACUUGCUCCGAGCGAAUACAAGAGGAAAUUCAACAACUAAAUCAAAUUAAGGAAAAAAUCUCAUAUUUCAAAAGAUAUAGUCGUUACACGGUUCACAAUAUGCGACAGAAGACAACGAAUCUGUCCAUAAACAUGCCUGAUCAAACAAUCAAUUUAACAAAGCUUGAAGGCAACACUCUCACAAACAUUCCUGCGUAUGCCCCAGCAAAUCUACCGCCGUACAGCACCGAAUUAUCAACAUUUGCGGAAAUCCUAUUCCACAAGUUCUACAGGUACAACAAAUCAUUCCUGCUCUCGCUCAAAACGAACAUUUGCCUGUCCGUUGGAAACGAUUCCAGUGCGUUGAUGUCUUUCCUACCGAACUGCUUUUCAUCCGCCGAGACUUCCAUCCACCAAAUGCGGUCUUUGAUCAAGUUCGACGAAUUCAUUCGCACAUUUGUCCUGGACUUGAAACCUGAAUUAGACACGGUUGUAGUGGACGAGGCGUACUAUCAUCAGUUGUGGAAAGCCAACCAUGAAAAGAUAUGCCAACAUUUGGACGAGAUUGAAGCAAUUGCGACCAAUACACAGCAAGUGAUUGAGAAGGGAAGAGUUUACUACAACUUCGUGCUGGCAAAUCCUCUGCGAAAGUACGUUCCACCUAAGAAGCUGUUCAACGGGCGGAACUAUCGCGAAUAUGAGAAUGAAUAUUUGAUGUACUAUCGGAUGAUUCAUGGGCCGAUUGCGGGGCAAUGAUACAGUGUUAAGAAGAAUGAUGAAUUGUCAAAUAAAAAUUCUGUUUUGCUAUCACAAAUAUUUGAUAAA